CUAGCUUUCUAUCGAAAAUAGUUUUCCCUCUGCUUUUAAAGGCGUUAAUCUAAAGAUUUGAUGAAAUUUGGGAUGAACGAUUUCGGAAAGUAAUGCCCAUUUAUUUUUAAUCAGGCGCCAUAUGGACAACCUUACCAAACAGAAACAUUUAGGGUCUUCUUGCUUCACGUGUGCGCCCGCUGCCUGCCAUCGUGAGAAGGAACCAUGCCGAAGUCGAAAAGAGACAAGAAAAUUUCAUUAACGAAAACCACCAAAAAGGGAUUGGAGUCCAAACAGAAGCUAAUCGAGGAGUUAAGGAAAUGUGUGGACACCUACAGAAACUUGUUCAUAUUCUCUGUGGCAAAUAUGAGGAAUAACAAACUGAAAGACAUCAGGACGGCAUGGAAACACAGCAGAUUCUUCUUUGGUAAAAAUAAAGUCAUGAUUGUUGCUUUGGGAAAAGGACAUACAGAUGAAUACAAAGAUAAUUUGCACAAGGUCAGCAGGUAUCUGCGUGGAGAAGUGGGUGUGCUUUUCACAAAUAAAACAAAGGAUGAAGUACAAGAAUAUUUCAACCAUUUCAAAGAAAUGGACUAUGCUCGUGCAGGCAACCAAGCACAGAUGGACAUAACUCUGGAUGAGGGACCUCUUGAACAGUUUCCUCACUCAAUGGAGCCUCAGUUGAGGCAGUUGGGACUUCCCACUGCUCUAAAAAAAGGAGUGGUAACACUGCUGAAAGACCACGACGUCUGUAAAGAAGGAGACGUGCUAACUCCUGAACAGGCUCGAAUUCUGAAACUCUUUGCCAUUGAGAUGGCAGAAUUCAAAGUGCAGAUCAAAUGUAUGUGGAACUCCGAAACGGGCGAGUUUGACAACUUGGCUGGUGAGGAAGAGCCGAUGCAGGAUAAUGAAGAUGAUGAAGAGGAGGAUGAUGGAGAAUAAAACUUCUGCAAGGGCAGAAGUUUGUCUACGCUCUUUUAAAAGUCAGUUUGUCAAACUUUCAACACCAGAAGGACUUAUUCUGUACUCUCCAUCCUGACUGCCAGAGCAGUGCUUUCCCACUAGUCUGGCAAGUCUUUCAGGAUUAUUUUUUUUUUUAUAUCCUCCAAAACACACGUCUGACCUUCAUCUUUGGACUAAGUUCAGAGGUAUUGGGGUCAAAGGAAAUAAUCUUGUCAUUGUUUUGAUGUCACCUGUCUGUGAUAAAAUAUUUCUAUUAAAAUCCAGUGCUUUCCCAGACAAAAAA